AUGGAGUGGCCAGUCAGAGCGCCUUAUUCGCGAACUUUUCGACCAUGCCGUUGCCCUCAAGAAAAUGUGUGCCACCAAUUGCCCGUGGGAUCUCGAUCCCGCAUUCAUGAGAAGAUUCGAAAAGAAGAUUUAUGUCGGUCUCCCUGA